UAACUGCACGUAGUGCACUUUAGAUUUGUUUUAUUGUUCUUUUGAUCAAGUUCAGACAUUUUUUUCAUAAUGGCGGAAGCGUGCAAUGGCGACCGAGGGAUUAAGCUUACAGUUUUAGAGACCGAAAGAGACCAACAAGACAUGGAGAAGGAGGUCGACAUCGAGGGUAUCGCCAAGGAAAGGGCUGAUGAUAUCCUUGAAAAGACUUCAAGUAGGGUUAUGUAUGAUGUGGAUGACAUCCCACCAUGGUAUACUACCAUUUUAAUAUCAUUCCAGAAUUCAUUAGGAAUGUUUAGUGGUGCCCUCUCAGUGCCUUUGGUUGUUGCACCUUUCCUGUGUAUCUUGGAUGAUCAUCAAAGUCUGUCACGUGUCUUUGCAUCAACAUUUUUCGUUUCUUCGCUACAGACGUUACUACAAACAUCCUUCGGUGUCCGAUUACCCAUAGUUCAAGGACCAACAAUGACCUUCGUCCUACCAAUGUUUACUCUGAUGUCACUUCGAGGUGAAUGCCCUGUAAUUGGGGGUAAGUUCCCCCUAAAAUCAUUUGAUCUUCUAUGUGUUAUAUUUAUUGUCUUUUCAAUAAUCAAGUUUCAAGGAGCUCUGUUGAUAGCUUCCCUGUUCGAGACUCUUGUUGGUUUCCUAGGUAUUGUAACCCUGGUCAUGAGGUUCAUAGGACCUAUAACCAUAGCAACAACAGUCGGAUUGAUUGGAUUCUCAUUAUUCGAAAUCGCGAUCCAGCAAUCCCAGAGUCAUUGGGGUAUUUCGGCUUUGAGACACAAGGAAGACGAGAAAAUAUUAAAUCGUACUAAACGAUUCCUUUUCUUUUCUCCCCAAAGUGUCCUAAUCUUGGUAGUGAUUUUCUCUCAGUACAUGGAACGUCUAAUGGUUCCCUGCUUAUCUUACUCUAAGGAGAAAGGUUUUCACGUCUCCAGGUUUCCCGUAUUCAGAGUAUUCCCGAUUUUUCUGGCGACUCUGCUAGGCUGGCUCCUUUGUUACAUUCUAACCAUCACGGAAGUAUUCCCUAGUGACCCGGAAGCACCUGGUUACCGAGCUAGGACAGAUAUCAAAGACGAAUCCUUGAAGGAAACCGGUUGGUUCUUCGUGCCUUAUCCAGGCCAAUGGGGUGCUCCAAUCUUUACAAUCGGUGGAAUCCUAGGAGUAACUGCUGGUACCUUUGCCUCCAUCAUCGAAUCCAUCGGAGACUAUUACGCAUGCGCAAGGCUAGCUGGAGCACCACCUCCACCCGGUCAUGCGCUGAACCGGGGAAUCGGUAUGGAAGGACUCGGCGGAUUCUUCUCGGCACUAUGGGGAACCGGUACGAGUUCUACAUCUUAUAGUGAUAACGUUGGCUACAUCGGAAUAACAAAGGUUGGAAGUCGACUAGUUAUACAAGUGAUGGCAGUGACAGUCCUAGGAGGCGCUUUCCUUCUGAAAAUCAGCGCCUUCUUUGCUUCUAUUCCUUUACCAGUCGUUGGUGGAAUAUUCUCAGUUACAAUAGGCAUGAUUGCUGCUGUCGGCAUGUCAAAUUUGCAAUACGUCGACAUGAACUCGCCCCGAAAUUUGUUCGUUGUUGGCCUCUCCUUUUUCCUAGGACUCGCUCUUCCACAGCAUAUGCAAAGGAAUCCGAACCUUAUCCAAACAGGAUCCGACACACUCGAUCAAGUUCUUCUUGCGACCCUAUCAACGAGUAUGUUUGUUGGAGGUGUGGUGGCUUGCUUUCUGGAUAACACAGUGCCAGGAACAAUUGAAGAGCGAGGAAUGGAUAAAUACUGGAAACUGUACGAUAAUGACAAGUAUGCAGGAGAAUAUGAUGAAGAAACCGAACGAAAGAUUCAAAAGGAAGUAGCACGUAUUGUGAAUAAGUGUUAUGAUAUGCCAUUUGGUAUGGCCCGUCUUCGCAGCUGGUCCUGGACCUACUAUGUGCCGUUUAGCCCAACAUUCAAAGGAUUCAAUAUCCGACGUGGCUGUAAGAAACGGGAGGCAAAGGAAUCUUAGACGAUAGCGGGGCAGAUUCUAAAAUGAAAAGCUGUUUUAAAUUAAGCAGUAUACGCCUAUUUAGAUAACAAACAGUGCAUGGUACUUUUUUAUACUAAGUGAAAUGCGCUUUGGAAUGCGCAUGCUCGCGAUAAUGAUGACGUUGAUUUUGGAACAUUAUAUCGCAAUUUACACACUAUUCAGAUAUAGGACAACAUUUUAAGUAUGUAGAAUGCAAGACAAGAUACACUUAAGAAAGAGACGAAUGCGACUAAAUUCAUAAUAAACUUACAAUCUAAUUAUUUUCAUUUUAUAUUUUCUCAAACAAACAUAUUUCGUAUUCACACAGUGUUUAAAUACAAUAAUAUACAAAAGAUUCUCUUGCUGAUGUACAAUAUACAUAUAUAUCCACUAUUUACACGACUGCUGUCACGGCUGUAGCAGGAAGAAAAGGACACAAUUUUAUCGAAGGAAUCAAAUGAUCCAUUAAUAAAUGGAGUGAAAAAUGAAGAAAAAAAAAACACAGUAUACUGCAUAAGUGGAAGAUGAACACGAACGUGAAUUACGAGGUAGGAUAUAUGGAAAAAAAGAAAACAAAUAAAUUAUAUCCUACAUGAAUUAUAUCCUGUAUGCUGAUUGGUUCAAAUGGCAUCAUGUGACCAAACAUCCCGGCCAAACAUAUUCUCACUGAAGAGAUAUAUUCCUGACGUCGAUGAAACAGAUAAUGCAUCUCGGGCGCACCGGUCAGAAAGAUGACCCGACGGCCAAGUCCCGCGAAGGGACGGUGCAGGCACAAAUCCGCGUUCCGCUGAUCGCGUGGCUUUAGGAAAUGAAGGUCAGUCAGCGCAGCGCGUCAUUAAUAUUUUGGUUCAGAUUAAAAGAAAGAUAGACCACAUGUGUACAAACUAGAUCAAGAUAUGUUGUUCUAGCUUUUAAGAUUUAGGAUAUGAAAUAAAUAUACCAGGGGUCUGUUGCAGAAAGAGUUGCAAUCAAUCGCAAUUCUAAAAAUCACGAGCAA